CCAGCCCUGCACAGCUCCCCUCAAUGUCACCGCUCCGCAGCGCUCCGCCCCGGCCCGGCGAUUGGAGGGGGGCGGCGGGAGGCCCGUUCUCCCCGCGGCUCGACGGCGACCUCCGGCAGCUCCAGCCCCACUCCAACCCCAGGCAGGGCCCGCCCGGCCCCGCUUGGCCCCGCCUUUCCCCCCCGAUUGGCCGCCGCUUCGCCCUCGGCCUUUCCAGUAUGGCGGCGCCCAGCAGCGGGGUGAGCUGCGAGGACUUCGCUGAGUUCCAGGAGUUGCUCAGGGUGAUGAGGACGAUCGAUGACAGAAUCGUCCAUGAAUUAAACACUACAAUUCCUACAGCCUCCUUUGUAGGGAAAGUUGACGCCAGCCAGACAUGUAAAGAGCUCUAUGAGUCCCUGAUGGAAGCUCACACCAGCCGAGAGAGAAUCAUCAAAAACUGCAUUGCUCAGACUUCCAGUGUAGUGAAAACUCUCAGAGAAGAGAGGGAAAAGGCACAGGAUGAUGUAGCGUUAUUAAAGCAACUCAGGAAAGAGCAGACAAAGUUGAAAUUGAUGCAGUCGGAGCUGAAUGUUGAAGAAGUGGUAAAUGACAGAAGCUGGAAGGUAUUUAAUGAGCGUUGCCGAAUUCAUUACAAGCCUCCGAAGAGUCAAUGAUGUGAAGUACUUUCCAUCAAGGUGGUCCACAAUCAUGAGAUCCAAACUGGAAAGAGACAUUGGGCGAGCCAUACUUGGACCUUGCAGAACCAGGACAACCAGUCUUGCUUUAUUUUGGACCUACCUAGCUGGAAUCUCAAGGUUUAAAUAAUUCUCCUGUAAUUAAGAGAAAACAACUCCUCUUUUGUACAAAAUAUGUGAACAAAUGAGUUUUAUAGUAUUAAAAUAAUUUUCAAAUGGAAUGCAAAAA